AGAACUGCACUGCACAAGAGUCACUGUUAAACUGUGGCUCUUCGCUCGAAAUACCACAAGUAUUUAUACUUAUUUUUCAUAACAAUUCUUAAUUUUGAUUGGCCAAAUAAAUCGACAACGAAAAUGAAAAAAACAGUCGAACGGAAACAUGAAUAGCCAAUUUAAUGACUUAAACAGAAAUCUACAUUCGAUUUUUCUAAAAAAAUUGUGAACAAAAGUGUUGUGUUUAUUAGUGAAGUGAAAAAAAGUGAAAUCAUGGCUCGUACAAAGCAAACUGCCCGUAAAUCGACUGGUGGAAAAGCCCCACGUAAGCAACUGGCAACAAAGGCAGCUCGUAAAAGUGCUCCAGCAACAGGAGGUGUAAAGAAACCACAUCGUUAUCGUCCUGGAACAGUGGCUCUUCGUGAGAUUCGUCGUUAUCAGAAAAGCACCGAAUUGUUAAUUCGUAAAUUGCCUUUCCAACGUUUAGUUCGUGAAAUUGCUCAAGAUUUCAAAACAGAUUUGCGUUUCCAGAGCUCAGCUGUUAUGGCGCUUCAAGAAGCAAGUGAAGCUUAUUUGGUUGGCCUGUUUGAAGACACAAAUUUGUGCGCCAUCCAUGCCAAACGUGUCACAAUUAUGCCAAAAGACAUUCAAUUGGCCAGACGCAUCCGUGGCGAACGUGCUUAA